UUUCCCUAGUCAGUCGCACAUCGAUCGCACACAUGGAAACAUCUAAAUUUUCUACGCUCGUUUCACGAUUCGUAUUUUCCAAAACUUUAUAUUUUUUUACUCAAUUUGUAACUUUUGGUUUUUCGGUUAAAAUAUCGGUUAAAUUGUAAAAACUUCGCGUUUUUAACUUUGUAUCAAUUAAUACGUGCCUACACGUCAUGAUAAAGUGGAAAAAUGUGUUGCAAACGCGUUCGGGCAAAAAUGCAUGCAGUUAUUCGCGGAUGGAACUUCUGCAGUGGGUGAACUCGACCCUCAAGAAAAACGUAAAGUGCCUGGAGGACCUGGGAAAUGGGGCCGAAUACUGCAUGCUGCUCCACAAGCUGCGACCUUCGUGCAUCAAUUUAAAGAAGGUCACGAUCUAUAAGAAGAGUCGUACCUACGGCAUGGAUAACAUGACAUUGAUUAGGAAUGCCCUCUUGGAUGCGGGUGUGAAUAAGAAGAUGGAGCUCGACCGCCUGGCAAAGCGGGGCUAUCGCGAGAAUCUGGAGUUCGCCCAGUGGUUCAAGGCCUUCUACGACUUCAAUGAAAAAUUGAUGCUAGAUGAACAGUUGCGUAUUAGUAAGGAGAAUGAGCGGGAGGAAGAGACCGCGGAGAUGGAACCAAAUGUGGCAGUGGUGGCGCCAAGAAACCCUCCACCCCCUACUGUACCCCCUGUCGCUGCUGACCCUCCUCCCCCUGCCGCCCCUGCUGUCCCUGCAGUUACCACUCCAAUUCCAUCCCAGAAUGUGACAGAAAACGCUGCAGAUGAAGCUCCUUGUUCCUCCAGGGAUAUUGUUAAUAACAUGACUGAGAGUGCCCAGUCAAAUGCAGAAGUUUCCAGUGAUCCUUUGAACCCAUCUCUUAUCCUUAAAAUAGCCAAGCAGAUAGUACUUAUAUUUGAAAAAGGCAGCGGAGAAUCCAAUACUCUCCAGAGGAAGCAGCCGAAGCAGCCGACUCGCCGUCCUCUCCCUCGAAUUCGAUCAGCAUCUUUUCGCCCUAAUAGUUUUGAAAAAUCACUUCGCCAAAUGCAGUAUAAAAGAAAAUUAAUCGCAAAGGACUCAAAGAUGCUAGCUGAAUCUGAAGGCGAAUUGAUCGGUCAAGCCGCUCAAGAAGGUGAACUAAUCCAGGCAACAAGCGAAUUGGACAAACAUAAUAUUGCAGAUGAUGAACCCAUCCAGGAAACAAGCGACUUAGGCGAACAGAACAGUGUAGGGGAUGAACCCAUCCAGAAGUCCAGCGAAUUGGUCGAACAUGACAUACUAGAUGAUAAGCCUUUUCAGCAACCAAUUGAAUUGGGGGAUCUUUACAUAUCAGAUGAAAACCUCAUACAGAAAUCAAGUGAAUUAGGCGAAGAUAAAGUAGGUGAUGAGCCCAUCCAAAACCCAAGCGAAUCGGAAGAAAUGAACACAUCAGAUGAUGAACCUAUUCCAAAAUCAAGCGAAUUGGAUGAACUUAACAUGACAGAUGAUGAACUUAUUCCAAAAUCAAGCGAAUUGGAUGAACUUAACAUGACAGAUGAUGAACCUAUUCCAAAAUCAAGCGAAUUGGGCGAACUUAACAUGACAUAUGAUAAACCCAUCCAGGUUAUUUUAGCGUCCCAAUGCGAAAGCGGAUUGGUCACUCCAGAUAAUGAAUCCUUCCAGGAACAAAGCGAAUCUGAAGAGAGCAAGAUGGAUAGUUUACCAGGGAUAGAGGACAAGCCAGACGAGAAGGAACUAGAACUGGACUUAAUAAAGGAGUGCAGUGAUGAAGAAUCGUGCGAUGAGAAUCUGGAGAGCUUAGAUUCGCCUACAGAAUGUAAAUGGUAUUGUGUUGAGAUUGGUGGCAAAACUGAAUGGCGAUUUGGUAAGGCUAUAAGCGCAGAAAGGCCUUUGGUGCGGCACAGCAGUUCCGAUUCAGAUUCCGAGGCAUCUACUUGUGAUAGAAAGGAGUGUGGACAACCAGUUAAUGAGCAAGAAGAAAAUUCGAUUAUCGCAGAAGACUCUCCUUUGCUUGAUGAAGACCAAAAGGAAAUCACCUUAGAAGGUUCUAAGGAAGUAGAGGAGCCAGUUGAAUUGCCUGAGAAACAGGAGGAUCCUAUUGGUCAAGAAAUCGAACCAUUGGAGCAGAAACCAAGUCUGGUUGAUAAUGAAAUGGAAAAAAUCGAUCUUUUACUCCUUAGUAUAGAACAAAAUCUGAAUCUAUUAGAUUUUUGCGACGGUGCUGCAGAAACCCAAGAAACCGAAAUGGAUAUGACCCAAUUGUACAGUCGCUUAAUAGAAGAAGAAGUGGAUAUACAUUCACCGAAGCCAACCGAGGCUCUCCCAUUAAUGGAUGAAACUGAUGUCAUGCAAGUUGAUCUAAAGGAAAAACCAAACAAUGAUACUACAGAUUUGCCACCUCUGAAGCUAACCCACUCUAUGGAAGACGAAAAAUCCUAUCCAGAUAAGUCGCUUUCCCUGGAAACAAAAUUAACGGAGGGCAGUUUAAUAUAUAAUUUGCUUGAUCAGGUCAGUCAGAUGAAUCAAAUUGAACUUAUCAAGGUGCAAAAUGAAAGGAAUUACUUAUCGUUAUUCGAGGCUAUUCCAUACAAAGAUAAACCCAAUUCUAGGCCAGUGAAUCCAAGCGACAGUGAGAUCGGGGACUCUUCAGAUUUCACAUCAGAAAUGGAACCACAUCCAACCACAUCCAACUCAAAUAAAACAGAGCAAUUCUAUCAAGAUCGGUGUCACCCGUUGCAAAUUAUAUUGGUCAAGGAACAAAAGAAAAUACGCCCUUUGGCACGCAAUAUGUUUGAUCACGUGUAUCGGAUGGCCAAGAACACUCCACUUCCGGAUGACGAGCCAUUUGAUCUAGAUGAUAUUCGUCCAAUAACCCCGCCAUUGGGUUAUGAAAAAACCUGGGAAAAGAUCACGAAAGAGCCUUCGUUAUGUAAGGAUGCCUAUGUCUCGCCAAAAACCAGAGACGUUUUGGUGCAAACACCUCAAGAAUCUAGUGAGCCCUUAUUUGCAGAGAAUAGCAAGUCAGCUAAGGAACUUAAGAGAAAACGGCCGAGUGAAAUGGAUCAUAUUAAAAUUAUACUACCAAAAAGAGCUCGGUUAUCAAACAACUUGUCCUUAAAAGUAGUUGUUGGUGGCCGCAAAACCAAACCAUCGAUAAGACGGAAUUAUCAGAAAAAGUCGACGAACUAUACUUCGGUUCCAAAACCAGAAUUCAAACCACGUCUUGAAUUGGGCAAAGAAUACUCUCAUGAUGUGCCAGAUAUGAAUUCAUCUAGUAGUUCCAAUGAAUCCACUUUCCGCAAAGACCACUCUAAAUGUAUUAAAAAUCUAUUGGAAAUGAUCGAUCUGCAAUUAUGCAAAACUCCUUGCAAGAUUGAGUUGCAAGCGUAUGGUAAGAAACAUGAAUGGAAAAAUGUGGAAUCGGAUAAAGAGUUUUUAAGAUCGGAAAGUGACAAAAGUGUCCCAUCUAAUCUUAUCGCUUGGUCCUGGACUGCCAUCUCUGGCAAUAUUUUGUUGUUCAUUUAUUGGGAUAAAUACCGAGAGGUCUACGAAGAACUUUUCCGUAACGUUGAUUAUAUCGUUUUUAAGCAGUUUAAGAAACUAUUUGGGGAAACACUAUUCCAGAAAAGGAUUAUCAAUUCCUCGACAAAGAGUGACCGCCGAACUGAGCGCAGAAUGAAAAGGAAAAUAGAGGACUUGCAGCUCAAGAUCAAGCAGGCAGAGGCGCCAAUUAAUCAGGAAUCGAGUGUGGGGGGAUCAUCCUCCACUCUGUUCACUUCAAGCUCCGAACUGGAGUACAGUCGUCCCAAAAAGGACGCCGUUCAGAUGAGGAUCUCGCAGAUCUGCGAGAAAAUACUCGAUGCCCAGGACCAGUUGGAAGGAUGUCGCCAGGAUGUGGCAUGUUUUAAGAAAAAGCUAGAUCGCAUCCGCUAUGCAUGCGAUAAUGUGCCAUCCACGGGCAGAAAUGAAGUUCUGAAUAUGCUACUUGCACAGGAGGAACAUCUGACGGAUCCCAUUUAUCCCCAAUAAAUUGUUCUUACCUGUAUGUUGUACCUAUGAAAAUACAUACAGGCUUGUUACAUAA